GCUACAAGCUGCGCGGCCUCCUGCGGGGCGAGCCGUGGUCGUCCUAGAGCUUUGCGCGUUGAGGUCUGGCGCUGCUCGUUGUCCGACUUUCCUUCCGACUCCUGCACGACGUGCUGCCACAGCCAGCGGGCCACUCCUUGCUCUUCUCCCUCGAGGAUCCAGAGGCCCUCCAGAAGAAGCAGAAGGCAGCUCUACUGCUCUGCAGAGGAGUGGGAUCCUUUCAGCCAUGAAGCAUAUGUUGAACCUCUACUUCUUAGGUGUGGUGCUGACCCUGCUCUCCAUCUUCGUUAGACUGAUGGAGUCACUGGAGGGCUUACUGGAGAGCCCAUCGCCUGGGAGCAUCUGGACCACCAGAAAUCAACUACCCAACACAGAGCCCCCCAAGGGCCUUCCAGACCACCCAUCCAGAGGAGUGCAAUAAGACCUCCUUCCACUCUGGCCAUACCUUGGAACACUGACCUAAGCACGUCCAUCCAGGUGUCCCAUUUCCGAGCAGGCAAGCUCAGAACAUCAGUGUUAACCAGAGAACUAACUGUUACUAGGCCUUGAAGGGUCUGGCUGACUAAAUGCUCUUUGCCCUGUAAAAAAGAGCCUGUUUAAUACACAACCGUGGGUGGGUUGCCUGUGGCUUGGAAUGGAGUGAUCUCACUCUUCUCCCUAGGGUCUACUAUAUGCUUUGCUGUCCUCGGCAGUGUGGGUCUGACAUCUCUCAGGUGGGGACUUGUGCUGCAAUUUCAGCUGUUGGGAGAUGGUGAUGUUUUCAGCCCUCCUUCCUAAACAUCUGCCAAGUGUUCUUUUGAACUUGGGUGUCUUAUGGUCAGUUUAUUUGGUGGUGAUGUUUUCAGCCCUCCUUCCUAAACAUCUGCCAAGUGUUCUUUUGAACUUGGGUGUCUUAUGGUCAGUUUAUUUGGUGUUCAGCCUCUCUUCUGUGAGAGCUCCUGUGUUUGGAUAACAAUUGAAGAGGUGGUGGGUUGGCUGUAGUGGGGGAAAGAUGGAGUAUUCAGUGUCCAGUUCUCAUUGUUUUAUAUUUUUAAGUCCUUCCUGUAACGUAGUGUGGAUGUGUGUGUAUAUUGGUCUGAAGGGUGGUGGGAUGAUAAAGCUUGCUCAGGACAUGGGCAUUAUGGCCACCAUGUGGCUUAAAUGAACUUUUCU